UUCAAGACUUAAAGCAUAUAAAACAAAAAGUCUUCCUUGCUAACGUUUCAGUCUACUUAAGGAUUAGAGCGCGGUUCCACUUAUCUUUGUUCUGAAAACCCUCAAUCUUGCUGUAUUCUGAUCGGUAAAAUCACAGGCACCGGCUUUCGACUUACCGCCAUGGCAGUACAGAGUAUGUCAGGUCCUGGAAAUUCGAUGUUAUAUUCAUUCCUCCUUUUUGUCAUUACACUUUCACUUCAACAAAUGUACAAGGAAAAGUUGGCAUCAACAGAAUUGUUUACAAUUUUUGGUGGCUUCGUUAGCUCCCUUAUUUUUCUUCUUGUCUUAACGUUUAUUGGCAAUUUCCAGGAAACAAUGGGUGUUAGAACUGGCUGGGGAGCUGCAUUGUUGGCAGAAUUUGUUGCACUUGUGACUGCUGGUAGCGUGCACAGAGUGUGCAUCACUACUUGCUUCUUGUUCUCCGUGGGGCUUCUCUAUGAAGUGAAUAAGCUUUCUGGUAUUUUGAAUCGGAAGGUAGAAGCAAAGAGCAAAAAGUAUAUCUGAGCUAAAAAGGCCCUGUCGCUACAAGCAAAAAAAUGUUUGUACAAAAGGGAUUUCUUUUAGCAGAAGGCCAAUGGUUUAUGGAUGAUUUUUUAACCCUUCAUCUGUUUUUUCAGUUCUGCCUUGUGUCCGAGGGAAUUAAGAGGGUUAGGUUCAUAGUCAAUGUGAGACUCAUUAGAUAAUUGAAUUUUGGACGUGCCACAGUAAUCAUUUGCAUAGAUAAUUACAUCAUUGGAUCAGAGGUAUGAUUGAAGCUAAAUAACAAAAACUAUAGGUAUUGUUGGUAACGGUAUUCCUCUGAUACAGACACCCAAUUGGUAUAAAGAAAAUGAAACUACAGCUCUAUUAGUUCAAUAAUGUCAAAAUUUUGCAGGAUGUAUAA